UGGGUGCUUCUUUCAAACUGAAAGCUAGCCCUUUUGUUCAGAUCUCCCAGAAAUCCCGCAAAUACUGCGCCCUUUAUGAUAAAAAGCAUCAGAACGCGAUCGACAUGUUUCUGGGCAAAAGAGUCAAGGCGGGUCAACACAUCUACCAGCUGUCUGAGGAACAUACCGCCGUUCUCUUGAAGUUGCGUGGAUGGGCUCACACGAUGGACGACGGAUGGCCGCUGCAUCCGAUUUCCACGUCAUUGCCUAUCGCUGGUCCCAUAUUGAUCGAUCUUUUGAUAUUCUACGCUAUCAUCCGGAGAAUUUCGCAAUUGAAUCUGCCCAGGCGAAUGAUGUGGAAAGCGGUUCUCAUCUAUGCUAUCACUGCUGUCGCUGCUUUUGUUCCUGGACUUGGAGGAGUCGCGAUAAAAUUCGGCAAGCCGUCUACCCGGGUAGUGCAUGAGGUCGAAAGCUACCUCUCUUUGAGGUGCGCGAUCAAAUGGCAUCAACAACUGUAUGGAGAAGAAGAUUUCAAGAACAGACUGGCCAACGCGAUGUGUCCAAAAGAAGGACCAAUGCACAUCUACCGUCAUCUCGCUCGAGACAUCAUAGAUUACAUCUUGCAUAACCGACUUCCAGAUCCUGUAGCCGAGAAACAUAGCUCCGUCAGCGCCGUUUGAAUACGUGACACAUGAAUGAAACCUCGGUACAGAUCGACUAAGCGCAAGA